AUGGCUGGAAAAACAUGGAGUUCCCAAGUGUGUCUGCCCUUCUUCAUCUUAUGUUUUUACUUUCUUUUCCCUACCAACGGAGCUCCCUCAAAACCAAAUAUCAUUUUCAUACUCACUGAUGAUCUAGAUAUACAGCUUGGAGGACUGAUACCUUUAACUAAAACAAAGCAGUUGAUUGGAGAUGCAGGUAUUACGUUCACAAAUAUGUUUGUGACCAGUCCAUUGUGCUGUCCCAGCCGAUCAAGUAUCCUCACCGGUCAGUAUGUCCAUAACCAUCUUGUUUGGAAUAACUCUUUGUCUGGUAACUGUAGCAGUCUCUCCUGGCAAAAGAAAUUUGAGCCAACCUUAUUCCCAGUCAAACUCAAUAAAAAUGGCUACAAGACAUUUUUUGCUGGAAAAUAUUUGAACCAGUAUGGUAAAGAAUCUGUUGGAGGUGUCCAGCAUGUCCCCCCUGGCUGGACCAGUUGGAAUGGAUUAGUUGGAAAUUCUGUGUAUUAUAAUUAUAGCCUUUCUGUUAAUGGUGUCCUUGAAUCUCACGGUGAUUCCUAUAAAGCAGACUACCUCACUGACCUCAUUAGCCGUCGAGCUGUCAAGUUCAUCCAGCAUCAAAAUAUCAACAAAAAUCCAUUCUUUAUGAUGUUAGCUACUCCUGCGCCCCAUAGUCCAUUCACUUCAGCUCCACAGUACAGCAAAGAGUUUGCAAACAAAAAAGCUCCCAGAGACAAAAGUUUCAAUGUACAUUCAAAGGAUAAACAUUGGUUGGUGCGUAAAGCUGCUUCUCCAAUGCCAAAUACAACAAUUUCUUUUAUUGAUGACACUUUCAGGAAUCGGUGGAAAACUCUGCUAUCUGUAGAUGACCUUGUUGAAAAUGUUGUUAAACAAUUGGAUGCAGUUGGUCAGCUGAACAAUACUUAUAUUUUCUUCACAUCUGAUAAUGGCUAUCAUUUAGGUCAAUUUUCACUGUCAUUUGACAAGAGACAGUUGUAUGACUUUGACAACAGAGUGCCACUAUUAGUUAGAGGACCAGGAAUUAAGCCCAAACAACAAAGACAUGAAUUUGUUUUGAAUAUUGACUUAGCUCCCACAUUUCUCAACCUGACGGGUAUCCCAGUCUCAAACAGCAUGGAUGGAAAAUCCUUGGUGCCACUAUUCCAAGGAAAUGUGACAAACGAACCUAAGUUCCGACAGAAUUGUUUAAUUGAACACAAAGGAGAAGCACAUGUUGAAAUUAGACAAUGUCCUCAAUACAAAAACCAAGGAUUAGCUACAUGUGAUUCUAACUGUGUAUGUGAAGAUUCAUGGAAUAACACAUAUGGCUGCGUGAGACAACUCUCACCAACUGAAAACUUUAAGUAUUGUGAAUUUGAGGAUCAAGAUCAUUUCAUUGAGAUGUAUGACCUGAAUAAGGAUCCUUUUGAAUUGACUAAUAUUGCUUCAACAGCUGACCCAAAGUUUGUAUCACAACUGAGUCAGGAACUGGCAAAACUUUCUCUGUGUAAAGGAAAAUCUUGUCAAGAGACAACUUGA